AGGUGCAUUCAGUGUCAAACACAAUCAAAACAUUGCGGCUUUAUCAGUGUCUCAAAAGGAAUAUCUCUUGAAAAUAUGACUAAUCUGCCGCUUGUGUUUGUUAAUUUCGUACGUUAAACUAUGGUCAGCCUGUCCAGAAGCAUGAACACAAAUUCAGGUGGCGCAACGUUUUUUAGCGAGUCCGUGAACAUGGAAGACAGGGAGCAUUUGGAACCAAUUUUAGAAUCUUUCGGUGUUUUUCCCGUGAAGACCAUCCCUUAUGUUAGCUUCCAUUUGUUGUUUACUGUAAUUCUGAAUAUUGUUGCUAUUGUGUUUGCGAUACUUCAUCCAGAUGAAAAGAGCAAAUGCAAAGAAUAUUUUAUCAUUAUUUAUAUGCACAUAGCAUUAUGGUUUUUAACGCUGGUACUUGAUCAAAUAAUUAAAUUGGCCCACCGCAAUCUGAGAUUAAAUGGCUAUCUUGACUUUUAUCAAAGGGUUCAUUUCCAUGGACAGAUUCCUUUUUAUAUUGUAAGUUUAUGGAGUGUUGCUAUUAUGCUGGUACAAACAGUAAUGCAGCACUUCUACCCUGAUGACUUUGCUGAGAAAUGCAUUAAAGGUGGGGCCAUGUCACCAAUAGCCUACAUUUGUGCUUUAAUCACUGUGGAAGGAUGCUGUCUGUUAGGUGUACAUGUUAGUUAUAUUAACAAGGUAUGGAAAUUCAAUAAAACAAAAGCUCCACCAGAUGUGCAAAGAGAAGAUUGGGAAAAUUGUUCUGCACCAGAAAACUUUGGACAGAGUGAGGUGGGAUACAGGCAGUUGGGCGACAAAGUGUAUGAAUUCCUAGAAAGACAGGCUGAUUUAAUAAGGCAUUUGAAAGAGCAUAAUUCCCGCUUGAGUGAGAAGCUGGUGGUUCUUAGUGCCCAACUACAACAAGCCAGGGCAGGCAAUUAACCUGAUUACAUUUUGUGCUCACCUAACUCUGUUUAUUAUGUGAUAAAAAGUGUUUUCUUAAUUAACUACUUUAGAAUGUAUAAUUAAAUCGCGUAAUUUUAUAUGUAAAAAUUGAUAAACAAUAUUAGUUGUAACUUACUUGUUAUGGUAGGAUUAAUAUAUUUUUAUACAAAUUAUUGUAUUGUACAUUAUAAUAUGUAGUAUAUACGUAUGUAUGUUAAUAUAAGACAGUUUCCAUUAUAAU